AUGGGCAGCUCAUCGAACCCGGCUCACAAGGCAGGCGUGCCUCGCACAGAUAUCGUUUGGGGUAUUAACCGUGGUCACCCCACCAACCGCCGUAUCCUGGCCCCUCGUCGCGUGCACCAGAAGGGUGUCGCGAGCGAGCGUGUCAAGACGAUCCGGAGCGUCAUCCGCGAGGUGACGGGCUUUGCUCCUUACGAGCGCCGUGCCAUGGAGUUGAUUCGUAACUCGAGGGACAAGCGUGCGCGUAAGUUCAUUAAGCGCCGUAUCGGCACAAUCGGCCGUGCUAAGCGCAAGAUGGACAUCCUCACGACGGCCAUUGCUGAGCAGCGCCGCACUGGUCACUAA